AUGCACUUUUUCGGCACUUUUGUAUUGGUCAUAUGCGCUGUUUUCGCAGCGCAAGCAUGCCUUCCACAGGCACGUUUGGUGCCAGGACCGCCAGGACAGGAUGGGAAUGAUGGAGAAGACGGACCGCCGGGACCCCGAGGAGACCCUGGACCUCGAGGAGUAAAGGGGCCGGUUGGAGAUCAAGGAAAACGAGGACCAAAAGGCGCCCCAGGUCCACCGGGAGAGCAAGGACCAGCAGGUGAAGAAGGACCGAAAGGCAUAGUGGGACCAAUGGGUGGGGGAGGAUAAUUGCCACAGCCGAUGCAUUUUUCCGGUACUUUUGCAUUGGUCAUCUGCGCUGUUUUUGCAGCGCAAGCAUGCCUUCCGCAGGUAAGUUUGGAGCCAGGAUCGCCGGGACCGGAUGGGAAUGAUGGAGAAAGAGGACCACCAGGGCCUCCAGGAGAAUCCGGACCUCGAGGAGCGAAAGGACCGACUGGAGAUCGAGGACAACGAGGGUCAAAGGGAAUCCAGGGUCCACCGGGAUUGCAAGGACCACCAGGUGCCGAAGGACCGCCAGGCAUGAUGGGACCAAUGGGUGGGAUGGGAAGAUAG